AUGGCUUCUCAGCGCAUAUUCCAACUCGGCCUGCGCCGCGCCGCCGUGCCGGGAAUAAGCGUGCGCAGUGUUGCUCAGAGGAGACUCGCAGCAACCCACAACACCUCGCACAACGAUGCCGCCGCCCUGCUCGCCAAACAACGCACUCGCCGCCCCGUCUCCCCCCACCUCAGCAUCUACAAACCCCAAAUCACCUGGUACGGCUCGGCGCUAAACCGCGUCACCGCUAUUGCACUCUCCGGCUCCCUCUACCUCUUCGGAAUCGCCUACCUUGCCGCCCCUUAUACGGGCUGGCACCUCGAGACGGCGAGCAUGGUGGCCGCCGUUGCGGCUUGGCCUGCUGCCGUCAAAGUCGGCGCCAAGGCCUUUUUUGCGUUUCCCUUCUUCUACCACAGUUUGAAUGGCGUGAGGCAUUUGUUCUGGGAUGCUGGUAUCGGCUUCAAGAAUACGACGGUUGCGCGGACGGGGUGGGGGGUUGUGGGGUUGACGGUUGUGACGGGCUUGUAUUAUACGUUUUUGGGCUAG